UGCGGUUAUGGAGAUCGAACAUGACCGAAGCCUGUUUUUGGCAUACUUUUAAUGUAUGCAAAAACACAAGAACACGGUUUAUCAUGUGUACUUGAUCAUGUUGGUGAUUCUGGCUGGAAAGUGGUGGCACAUACUUUUAGCAUCCAGAGAUCAAUUUAGAAUGUGCUCAUAAAAAACACCAAAACUACGCUAUAUUUAAUUACCUUCAUUAAUUAUGCUUCUUAAUACAAGACAAAAAUUUUAUCUUACUAAAUAUUUAUAUUUGCUUCGGUCAAUUUUAGUACCACAUCCUAUCAGAGGGUGCCACAAGUUUUCAGAAAACUCAGCUGUGCGUUCAUCAUGUAUACGUAAAGCUUUUAUUGAUUACUUUAAGUAUAAACAUGGGCACGUAUUCGUACCAUCAUCAUCAACAAUUCCACAUAACGACAAUACACUGCUAUUUGCAAAUGCAGGUAUGAACCAGUUCAAAGAAAUAUUUCAAGGCACAGUUUUUCCUGAUUCAAGCAUGUCUAAGUAUAGACGUGUAGUGAACAGUCAGAAGUGUGUACGUGUUGGUGGCAAGCACAAUGACUUAGAUCAAGUAGGCCGAGAUUGUUAUCAUCAUACAUUCUUUGAAAUGCUCGGCAACUGGGCCUUUGUUGAUUACUUUAAGGAAGAUGCAAUUCACAUGGCCUGGGAUCUCCUUACCAAUAUUUUCAAAUUGCCAGAGGACUGUUUAUAUGUAACUUACUUCAAAGGAGACAACCAAUCAAGUCUUUCACCAGAUUUGGAGACUAAAGCUAUUUGGCAACAACUUGGUUUACCUGAAGACAGAGUUUUACCUUUUGGAAGUAGUGAGAACUUUUGGGAGAUGGGUAACACAGGGCCUUGUGGACCAUGCACUGAGAUUCAUUUUGAUCGCCUUGGAAACAGAGAUGCAUCGGCUUUAGUCAACCAGGAUGAUCCAGAUGUCAUUGAACUGUGGAACUUGGUCUUUACUCAAUACGAUAGAGAUACUAAGGGAAAACUUCACAAGUUACCUAGCAACAAUGUUGAUACCGGUAUGGGAUUGGAGCGUCUUGUGUCCGUAUUACAAGGAGUGACUUCGAAUUAUGAUACUGACCUUUUUCGUCCUCUUAUUGCAUCAAUUGAACAGGUAUCUGGAGUUGGGCCAUAUGAAGGUAAGGUCGGUAUCUCAGAUACUGAUGGAAUUGAUAUGGCCUACAGAGUGCUGGCAGACCAUGCUAGAAUGCUUACUAUAUGUAUCACUGAUGGUGCGAGACCUGGACCACAAAUGCAAGGGUAUGUCAUCAAGAGAAUAAUAAGGAGAGCUACAAGAUAUGCAGUUGAAAAACUUAAGGCACCUCCUGGCACGAUUGCCAGUCUUGUACCAGUAGUGGUGCAUUCCCUGGGAGGUGCAUUUCCUGAACUGACGAAAAAUCCGGAAAUUGUGAUGCAAAUUAUCAACCAAGAGGAGCAGCAAUUUCUCAAGACAUUGGAAAAAGGAAAAAGAUUUUUACAGAAACAUAUAUCAAAGCUAGGGUCUCAGAAAACAUUAUCAGGUGAAGUUGCUUGGAAGAUGUAUGAUUCAUUUGGUUACCCCAUUGACUUGACAAACAUCAUCGCUUCAGAAAAUAAUUUGAAAGUUGACAUGGAGGAGUAUGAGGAAGAAAGAAGGAAAUCACAUGAGAUUACAAGUCUUGGUGGCAUAAAAAAUCAACAGAAAAAGAGAAUGGUUACCCUUCAUGCUCCAGAUGUUGAAUGGUUAAAGAACAAGAAAAUACCCGUCACAAAUACAUCAGCUGUCUAUGCUACAAAUUACAGUGAAUCUAACAGUUAUUAUUCUCCUGAUGUGAAAACUAGAAUAAUUGCUAUCAAAGCAGAAAACAAUUUUGUUGAUGAAGUUGGCAGUAAUGUUGAGUGUGGUGUCAUUACAAGCAGUACUAACUUUUAUGCCGAGUCUGGUGGACAAAUUGCUGACAUAGGUGUGAUAAUAAAUGACCAGUCACUUAAUUGCCUUAAUAUUGAUGAUGUACAGUCUUAUGGUGGAUAUUCAUUACAUAGUGGAAUGUCCAAGGCACCAAUCAGAGUAGGCGUUGAAGUACACAUGCACGUAAACUGGGAACAUAGAAUCAAUGUAAUGCGCAACCACACAGGUACCCAUCUGUUGAACUUUGCACUGAGAGAGGUUUUAAGUAAUACUAGUCAGAAGGGUUCACUGGUAGCCUCUGAUAGGUUGCGCUUUGACUUCAAUUCUAUGGAAACACUAAGUACAGAAGAUUUACAAAAUAUAUCUGACAUUGUUAAUCGUUUGAUACAAGAAAGUCUCCCACUGUAUACAUCUUCCAUGUCAAUUGAUAAAGCAAAUACAAUUCCUGGACUACAAGCUGUGUUUGGUGAAACCUAUGGGGAUGAGGUUAGAGUGGUAACCAUUGGUCAAAUAAUCAAUGAAUUAAUGAGCAGUGAUUAUACUGGUGGAUGUUCAGUAGAACUAUGUGGAGGCACACAUGUUGAGAAUACCAGUCAUAUUGAGAAGUUCAUUAUAACAUCUCAGAAAGCAUCCAGUAGUGGAGUGAGAAGACUUGAAGCUGUCACAGGAGCAUUUGCCAGAAAAGCAGAAUCUAAUGGCAUUGCACUACAAGAGUCAUUUAAGCAGAUCCAACAACAGGUAUCAUCUUGCCUGCAGAAUUCACUUGUAAACUCCCACAGACUGUUAAAAGAUCUAGAAUCCCUUGCAAAAAUUGUAGACAAAACCAGCAUGUGCCUCUCAUUAAAAACAAAACUGAGACAAGAAAUAUCAGCAAAUAGAAACAGCAUCAAUAAAGCCGUGAAAACUUCAUUCAAAUUACAAGUCAAUGAGAUGGCGUGUGCAAUAGUCCAGUCUAUUGACUUAAACCAUGGUAGGAAAUACCACAUACAUCACAUAAACAGCUAUAAUGAAAAGAAACUUUUAGUUGGUAUUCUUAAGGAAGUGAGCAGCCAGAGGCCAUGUACUGCAAUAAUGCUGCUGUCUUCAGGUAUGGAUAGGUUAUCCUGCUACACCCUAGUGCCAAAGGAAUUGAUCCAAGUGGGUGUCAAGGCAAAUGAGUGGGCACUUGCAGUAAACCAUCUGAUUAAUGGUAAAGGUGGUGGUACAGAAUCGUUAUGUUGUUACCAAGGAAACAUGUUCCCAAUUGAUCAAAUCAUAGCAGCAGCAGAACAUUUUGUAUCUAGCAAAGUUGCCAGAGUGAGUGACCUCUGAAAGCCACCCAAAGAGGGAGCUAGCCAAUACUAUGAACCUAUGAAAAUUAAUAUCUGUAUCAUGACGACUCUGACAUAUGGCUAUUGUUUUUCUCAGCCACAGUGCAUAGAGACUAUGUAUUAUGUGCUAUACAAGUCCCCAACCUCUACCAUUACUAUUUACUUAUGCCGAAUUACCUGUGCGUACACGGUAGUGAUGGCUACGCCCUCUUAAAAUUGGAGGUGUGCACCUUCUUCCUCCCCUUCACGUUCGUGGAUGUUCAUUUAUUAAGUUUUUGUUUCUUUGUGGCUAAAAGCGCUUUGUUUCCAGUUUCUACUGUGACACUAUACAAGUACAUGACCAUUAGCCAUUACAGUUGGCACUAGUUAUUGAAAGAACGAGAGAGUGCUAUGGUGAAUAUAAUCUGGGAGAUUAAUGCUAAGCAAACCAAAAUAUACUACUCAGGAUGACAAAUUUCAGAAACUGAACACAUUACAAUUUCAUAAGGCCAAAAAAAAAAAAAUUGUUGUGUUGUCCUUAAAUGGAAAAAAAAAAAUCUAUUUUUUGGGUUUUUUUUCCUAAGGCCUCGUAGCUAAUAUGUCUAAAUGUUAGGCAACACUUUCUCAAUAUUAUAUCAACGUCACAUAUACAAUAGACUAUGAGUUCGUGAUUUAGUAUUCAUAUUUCUUUUGAUUUCCGAGUGAGGAAAUCAUCCCUAGCCGGUACAUCUUAUCGGAAUCGUACAUAAUCCUUAUUUUGUAUGGUAUUGAACCUAUGGGGAAAGUAACCUUUUUCAGUUCAUUAAUACCGAAUGUUUUAGCUAAUUUUGAUAGGGGCAUAGGCAAAAAAGAAAGCAAAUCAUUAAAUCGAAUCGAGGUAUCCUUUUCUUUGACUGAAAUUAACUUUCCGUCCCUAAAAACAACUUCCGGAAAAACGCCGUAAGAGUGUAAGAACUGAAUAAUGAAAUAAUUAUCAUAACCCUGAAAAUUAUUGGCAAUACAUAUUACAUUUUGAUUGUAAGAAUACUACUUUAAAUAAGUAUUCACAAAACUGAAAACAGGCAUCCUCCCCGUCAAAAAUGUUGGUUUUAUCCUCGCAAAUUCGCAUUGAUCAGAAUCUUGAUCAUCGUUAAUACAAUUUAAACAGCUUUUUUGAAGUAUAAA